AUGACCUCCACAGAUAUCAAGCCUUGCGCCGUCAAUAUUCCCGUUUCUGCCCACAUCACCUUCCACUACAAGCCGGUUGCAGACAAGAGCAGCAGUAGCAGCAGCUCCUGCAGCUCCUCCGCAGCCGCCUCUGGCGCCUGCUCGCCCAGAGGCAGCUCCGCCGGCUUGCCUCCCGCUCUGUCAACUGACAACGAAAUCAUCGAGGCCGUGCUGAACGUCUCUGGCCCCGUUGCAGCAGACACCACGCCAUUCAAGAGCAACUACACCGCUGCCUCGCGCUUGACUUCUGACCCGACCUCGCCAUCGGCACUGCCCUCUUCCAGACGCAACUCUGUGGUGCCGGCGAGCGACUUUCACCAGUGUGCGCACCACAAAAACUUCCAAAGAAGGGCCAGCGAACCACAACUGCCCUCUUUCAGCGAGGGCUCGGCGUCCGAGAUGACAAGGUCCAUCUCGUACGCCCAGCACAGCAUGAUGUUCCCCAUCAGCGACGAGCCAGCGCCCCAAACGCCCGCAUCUUCCAACGGCAGCUCAGACCCAUCUUGUUCUUGCAACAGGCACCAUCACAGAAGAAACUCUGUCGCCGUCAAGUUUGACAAGCCACUGUAUAAAAGACUAGAGUCGUGA